UUAUUCUUUAGGAAAUCAAUUUUGUGGACGUCGAAUUUAAAAGAAAUUUUUCUCAUAUUCUUUGGCUAUCGUCAUUUGAAUAUGAAGUGAGUUUCAAAAUGAAUUAAAUGCGAAGGAGUUUCAUCAAUUUAUUUUAUCUGUCAAAUUGCUGUAUAAUAUAUAACAUGGCAUCAGCAAAAAAUAAUGUACGUGGUGUAUCUCGAGUUUUAACAAAACUCGAAGCAUCCGUAAGUUCUGGCAACUAUUAUGAAGCACAUCAAAUGUACAGAACUUUAUACUUUCGCUAUUUAGGACAGAAAAAAUACUCAGAGGCCUUAGAUUUAUUAUAUAAUGGGGCACACAUUUUAUUACAACAUGGACAGUUAGGUAGUGGUGCAGACUUAGCCAUUUUAUACGUAGAUGUUCUUAUACAAUCAGAUACACCUGUUUUAGAAGAAAUAUUUGAACGAAUAGCAAAAUUAUUUGCAGCUAUUGGCCCAACAAUCCCUGAACGUGAUACAUUUUUAACAAAUGCUAUUAAAUGGUCACAGCAGAACAAUAAACGAGGCCAUGCAAAAUUGCACCAGAAAUUUGCAGACAUAUUUUGGAAAGAGGAGAACUAUGUAAUGUCUAGACAUCAUUUCCUAUAUUCAUCAGAUGGACGAGGCUGUGCACACAUGUUAAUUGAAUUACAUAGAACACGUGGCUAUUUGUGUGAAACAGAUUUAUUUAUUGCUCAGGCCGUAUUACAGUACUUGUGUUUAAAUAAUAAGUUAACUGCCACAGAAGUUUUUAAAACGUAUACAGAAGUACAUCCUAAUAUAAAAACAAAACAACCACCAUAUGCUUUACCGUUACUCAAUUUUUUAGCAUUUUUACUACAAGCUGUUGAAAGUAAAAACCUGGCUGCAUACACAAUAUUAUGUGAAAAAUAUCAACCGUCCUUAAAUAGAGAUCCUAGUUAUGCAAAAUAUUUAGACAAAAUUGGUCAAUUAUAUUUGGGUGUACCACCUCCUAGACAACGUGCAAAUGGUUUAUUUGGUAAUUUAAUACAAAAUUUAUUAAGUGGUUUGGAUAUGGAUUCAGAUGAUGAUGGUGAUCAUCCUGGUACAUUUUCACGGCCGUCUACAUCCUCAUUCUUAGCAUUUACUGGUAUGGGUUCUUCCAGUCUUGACUAAAACAUAGUAAUUUAAAUUCUAGUCAUUUCAUCAUUUUUAAUUUUGUUUAAAUGAAUCGCGAUAGUAAAAAAAAAACCAACAAACAAUUAACUUAAGUCACCCACAUCAUCAUUUAACCUGCAACAAGUUAUUUGCAUUUUUUUUAUAUUCUUACAAAACAAAAAAUGUUUUAUUACGUUUAAUAUUUAUUACUAAUUGUUUUAAAUCCUAUUUUUUUUAAAGAAUAUAACCUUGGCACAAACUAAAGGAUAUUUG